GCAAACUCGUGGGAAAAAUCAAUUUGAAAGUCUUAAGCCCUCCUCGCCAUGAGCCUCUUCGGCUUAGGCAGCAGGAAUCAGAAGACCUUUCGGCCGAAAAAGAGUGCACCAUCAGGAAGUAAGGGUGCACAGCUUCAAAGGCACAUCGAUGCUACUUUGGGUAGCGGGAACUUGAGGGAUGCUGUAAAGCUUCCUCCAGGGGAAGAUGCCAAUGAGUGGUUGGCGGUCAACACGGUGGACUUUUUCAAUCAGGUGAAUAUGCUAUAUGGCACACUUACGGAAUUCUGCACAUCAAACACCUGUCCCACAAUGACUGCAGGACCUAAGUAUGAGUAUAGAUGGGCAGAUGGUGUCCAGAUAAAGAAACCAAUUGAGGUAUCUGCACCAAAAUAUGUGGAGUAUUUGAUGGACUGGAUCGAAGCACAGCUUGAUGAAGAAUCCAUAUUUCCUCAAAAACUUGGGACACCAUUUCCACCCAAUUUCAAAGAUGUGGUGAAAAUUAUAUUCAAACGCCUGUUCCGUGUCUAUGCCCACAUCUACCAUUCGCAUUUUCAAAAGAUUGUUAGUCUCAAGGAAGAAGCCCAUCUCAAUACUUGCUUCAAGCACUUCAUUCUUUUUACCUGUGAGUUCCAUUUGAUUGAUAAAGGGGAGCUUGCACCCCUUCAUGAUCUGAUUGAUUCCAUUAUUCAUUCUUACUGAUGAAAGACAAAAAUGUUUGGAACAUUGUGUCCAUUAAUGAAAGAGAGGAUUUGUUUCACUUUCUUCAAAAGACUGGCUUUUCACUGAAACUUUUUGAAUGUGCUGAAAAAUAAUACCAAACUUGUAUAGCAAUCUGCAAAUCUUAUUGGUGUUCUUGGUGUUGUUUC